GUGCUUCAGCACCUCUCGAAUCGGUCGCAAGCUUUCUCUGCCGUGCUGAAUCGCUUUCAGCUGCUCCAGCUCCUGUUGGGGAGCCGAAUUGCAGCUUUACAGGAGGGCUGGGAGUUCACGGCACCGUUGCCAAGCAGUAGUUCUCUGACCCGCUGGAAGGCGUAGCUGUGGCACAAAGGCCUUCGUCGCCCUGAGGCGGGAAAGAUCUUGCAUCCCAGAGAAUCCGUGAGCUUGGUAAUGCCAAGCCUGACCCAGACUGCAUGGUGGCUCGGGCUCUGAUUCCCACUCAUGGUUUCUGAACCCAGUGUGCAUCUUCAUUUCUCUGAAAAACGGAGGCAUCCCCCAGCAGGAGGAGGCAGCAGGACAAGCUGCUUGCUGUUCUCCAUCAUCAUUUCCCGAGCUUACAUAAGGGUUGAAGUCCGUGCUGCGGAUCACGUGCAUCACCAUGUAGCUCUGACCCCAGUGCUAAUCCUUGUGGGGUUGAAAAGUGCAGGUGUGCCAUGGCCAAUGAAAACCACGGCAGCUCCGCGGAGGAAGCUGCGCUGAUGAGCCACUCCCCCGGCACCUCCCACCAGAACCAGCCCAGCUCCCCCAAGCCCAUUCGGCUGGUGCAGGACUUGCCGGAUGAGUUGGUGCAGGCCGGCUGGGAGAAGUGCUGGAGCAAGCGUGAGAGCCGCCCCUACUACUUCAACCGCUUCACCAACCAGUCGCUGUGGGAGAUGCCGCUCCUGGGGCAGCACGAUGUCAUUUCUGACCCUCUCGGUCUGAACGCCACCCCCCUGCCGGCCGAAGGGGCGGUCAGUGAAGCCACCGCCCCGGAAGGCAAGAUGCGGAAACGGAGGCUUUCCGAAGAGGUCCAGCCCAGUGGCAACAGUGUGAAGAAGCCCAAGGCCGAUGUCCCUGGAAACCUCUCGGCUCAGUCAGUCCCGAACACUUCGAACCCCCUGGGGACUCCGCUGCUGAAGAUGUGGGGUGUGUCUCCGGAGGACAAGCAAGCUACCCUCUUACGGCCAACGGAGGUGUACUGGGACUUAGACAUCCAGACGAAUGCCGUGCUCAAGCAGAGAGCGCCCUCGGAGGUGUUGGCCCCGCACCCUGAGGUGGAGCUCCUGCGAUCUCAGCUGAUGCUCAAGCUGCGCCAGCAUUACCGCGAGCUCUGCCAGCAGCGAGAGGGGAUCGAUCCUCCGCGAGAAUCUUUCAACCGCUGGAUGCUGGAGCGGAAGGUGGUGGACAAGGGGAUGGAUCCCUUACUGCCAAGCAACUGUGAGCCAGUCGUGUCCCCUUCCAUGUUCAGAGAAAUCAUGAAUGACAUUCCCAUCAGAUUGUCCCGAAUCAAAUUCCGUGAGGAGGCCAAGCGGCUGCUGUUCAAAUACGCUGAGGCUGCAAAGAGACUCAUUGAAUCCAGGAGCGCCUCUCCCGACAGCAGGAAGGUGGUGAAGUGGAACGUGGAGGACACCUUCAGCUGGCUGCGGCGCGACCACUCGGCCUCAAAGGAGGACUACAUGGACCGCCUGGAGCACCUGCGCAAGCAGUGCGGGCCCCAUGUCUCGGCCGCGGCCAAGGACUCGGUGGAAGGCAUCUGCAGCAAGAUCUACCACAUCUCACUGGAGUACGCCAAGCGCAUCCGAGAGAAGCACCUGGAAAUCCUCAAGGAUCACAGUAUUCCCGCCGAGCUGGAGGCGCCCGAGGUGCAGGACCGGCUCAUCUACUGCUACCCAGCGAGGCUGGCCGUCCCUUCGCCCCCGCUGCCGAGCGUGGAGAUGCACAUGGAGAACAACCUGAUGUGCGUGCGCUACAAGGGCGAGAUGGUGAAAAUCAGCCGCAACUACUUCAGCAAGCUGUGGCUGCUCUAUCGGUACAGCUGCAUCGACGACUCCGCCUUCGAGCGCUUCCUGCCCCGGGUUUGGUGCCUCCUCCGCAGGUACCAGAUGAUGUUCGGUGUCGGGAUGUACGAAGGGACCGGGCUGCAGGGGGCGCUCCCCGUGCACGUCUUCGAGGCCCUCCACAAGCUCUUCGGCGUGAGCUUUGAGUGCUUCGCCUCCCCGCUGAACUGCUACUUCAAGCAGUACUGCUCGGCCUUCCUGGACACCGACGGCUACUUUGGCUCCAGGGGCCCCUGCCUGGAUUUCUUCCCCAUCAGCGGCUCGUUUGAGGCAAACCCUCCGUUCUGUGAGGAGCUGAUGGAUGCCAUGGUGUCCCACUUCGAGACCCUGCUGGAGGCCUCCAAGGAGCCCUUGUCCUUCAUCGUCUUCAUCCCGGAGUGGCGGGACCCCCCCACGCCGGCCCUGACGCGCAUGGAGCAGAGCCGGUUCAAGCGGCAGCAGCUCAUCCUGCCCGCCUUCGACCACGAGUACCGCAGCGGCUCCCAGCACCUCUGCAGAAAGGAGGAGAUGUACUACAAGGCCGUGCACAACACCGCCGUGCUCUUCCUGCAGAACAGCUCUGGCUUCAGCAAGUGGGAGCCGACGCCAGAGCGGCUCCAGGAGCUCAUUGCGGCAUGCAAGCACUCGGGCCGGACCCUCGCCUCCUCCGCCUCGUCGUCCUCCUCUUCCGCGGCUUCUGACAAGGAGCGCGAGACCGUUCGGGAACAGAGCGCCAGCCAGGAGACGACCCCUAACUAGCGAUGGCGAACUGGCUGGGCUGCCCGGCCGUGGGGAGAGACGUGCUCCGGGGGGAGGGGGGGGGACGGUCGCCCCAUGUCCGCUGGCUGGCUGGCUGGCUGGCUGGGCGAGCUGCCCUCUUCCUUGGGCAUGCGUGGCGAGUGGCGCCUGCUGCCCCCGUCACGUGGCAGCUCCCCGGAGGAGCCGCAGGAGUCGUGGCAGGUGGUGCGGACAGCCAGGGCCCCCCCCAGAGACUGGGCCUGCUGAUCCGGGGGCGCAGCCGCGGCUCAGCACGGCAGCCGGAACUGGGCCGCCUUUCUGCCCUGAAGGGAAGGAGGCGGCCGGCCGGCCACCCUCGCCCAGGGCCGCUCUGCCCCAGUUCUGUGUCUAUAGUGUAAAUACGUGUCAGCGCAGCAGCUCUGCUCCCCGACGGGCGGUUCUGCUGCCUUGCCCCGGUUCCUUUCCAGGUGUCCCAGUUGCGUGUUUUCACUGAUGCUGUUCACUGUAAACUGCGGAGCAAAGGCGUUCCUGUGCGCGUGCAGAGGUCUUGGCUGCCAUUUUGUAGUCGUCAUGAUUUCUAUCUGAAGCUCCAGGCUUUCUUGGAGAUUUUUUUUAAGGGUUUAAUUUAACAGUGCUAACCAUUUUAUUACUUUUAUCAGAAGAGCAAAGGAAAGUCUAUUUUUGAUUUUGUUUCCUAGCUCUUAGAGACAUUAAAACCAGCAUUGCAGUG